AUGUUAGCUUCAAAGACGGUAGUGUUGAGAACUUCAGAUGGCGAGACCUUCGAGGUGGAAGAGGCUGUGGCGUUGGAGUCGCAGACCAUCAAGCACAUGAUUGAAGAUGAUUGUGCCGAUUCCGUUAUUCCUCUACCAAACAUAGCCAGCAAGAUCUUACCCAUGAUCAUCGAGUAUUGCAAGAAGCACGUCGAGACUGCCAAGUCCGAAGACAAGACUUCCGAUGCUUUCGAAACCUUUAAGGCAAACUUCGUCAAAGACGUCGACCAGGCCACUCUCUUCGAUCUCAUCUUGGGUGCAAACUACUUGAACAUUAAGAACUUGUUAGAUCUGACAUGUCAAGCAGUGGCGGAUAUAAUCAAAGGAAUGACUCCAGAGGAAGUUCGUAAUAUUUUUAACAUCAAAAAUGACUACACUCCUAAGGAAGAAGAGGAUGUCCGCAAGGAGAAUCUAUGGGCGUUUGAGUGAAACAUGAAGCAGUUAUGGGAUGAAUUUUUAUUUUUUAUUUUUAUUUUUAUUUUUUUUUGGGUUGUUAAUACCCAUGAUAGGAUUGCUAUAUAUAUAUAUAUAUAUAUAUAUGCUAUUUAAAUUCAUGAUUUUGUUUUUGGGAUAAUUACAUUGACCUCCCUUGAAGGUUUGUAAAUAUACAGUGACCUCCCCUCAUAUUUGCCAAAUAACACUGACCUCCCUUGAAAUAUGUAUACUGCUAACAUGGAACUCCCCCCUUAAUGAAAACACUGUUUACUAA